AGUAUGAAGCAGAACAGCCUCAAUUUCCAGAUGUUCCCAAUUCAAACCAUGCAUCUGUGUCUUUGGAAGCAGGAAUAUUGCAGCCAUUAUGUACGGAACAAUUGUAUUCAGCUCCUGUAGCUGAUGCUGCUUCCCAACAGUCGCUUCCCAUACCCGAGGCAGCCCCCUUUCCAGAACCACCUGAUCCAAAAACAUGUUCUCCUCAAGAAUACUUAGAGUAUUACAUCUUUCCAGUACUUUUACCUGGAAUCGCUGAACUUCUGCAUCGAGCCGAGAAGGAAAAGUGUUUUGAGAGGAAAAGGACCAAAUUUAUUGCCUGUGAUUUCCUGACUGAGUGGCUAUACAACAAGAACCCAAAGAGGAAAGAUGAGCCAUUCACGGAAUUCUUUUCCAUUCCUUUUGUUAACGACUGGCUAAAGGACCA